CAUCGAUAAAGGCAAUUAUGACUUCGAAAAUAGUAAAGUGCGCGAGUUGCAACGUUGUUAUUAACGAACUUCUUGCAUUUCUGGCUAAUGUGUUAGAUUAUAUGGAUGAGGAGAGCAUCCAUCAGUUGGUUAGUUCCUCUUUCAGUGUCGAAAAAAUUGCGGAAGCGAAGUCAUUGUUGUAUGACUCUUUGCCCAAUGCCAAGAAAAUGCCAAUACGAAGAAAGGAGGGCAAGAAAAGAAUGGCGCGAGAUUUGGAUGAUAUUAUUGGUGUUAUGAAGUCGACGAGUGCAGAAGUCCUUCCAAUAUUUGUGGCUAAGGACUUACAUCUCGUACCGAGCGUUGGUUUUGAUCACAUUGAUUGCUCACGUUUGCUUAAAGAUAUUGCGAGACUUCAGAACCAAGUAAGCUCGUUGCAGCAGGUAGCCGUUACGAUAGACAUGUUUGAAAACCUUAAAUAUGAGAUGGAAAACUUGAAGCAUGCAUCGAUUAUUCCAAUGGAUGCUUGCCGUUCCCGCAGUUUGGUAAACAACAGAAGAGGAGCGUGUCUGCAAGAUAGUUUGUAUGACUUAAAUAGCGGGCCUAUAGGUCUACAAUAUGUUCCGAUAAAAACUGUGCGGGUAUCUACGGAUGAGGUCAAUGACCACUCGACUCCUGCGCGUGCAUCGACCCGCCCGAGUAAGUCUGUCUCCUUUACACGCGAGCAAGUGAACGCAACAGACGAUCUCGAGAGACACGUGGAGGCCUGUACUGCGGUUCCGACAUGCGAGAGCGGAAAGGACAGCAAAACUGGUCCCAUAGAAGACUGCGCAGUGAGUGAGACAGAGACGUCGCGAUGUACAAUGAUGGCGGAGGCGCAGGUGAGCGUAACCGAAGUAUCAUUAAUACCUCAAACGGAGGGAGUUUGUGCUGUUGCUACGUGCGGCGAGCGCGUAGAUGUAAACAAUCCGCUAAUGGUGAGCGAUCGAUCAGCUGUUUCUAGUGUUUGUGCGGGAGUGCGUAGCUAUAGCGAUCAAAGAAGUGAAUUUAUGGUGAAAAAUUGCACGCAAGUGCAAGUAAGUGAUGAUGAAUGGCAGGUUGUUCAGUCCAAAUCGGCUAAAAGAUAUAAAUUGAUUGGUCAAAAAGGUCGCGCAGCGAUCGCUCCCGAUGUUAAAUUUAAAGCCGCGGAUGUGAAAAUUCCUUUGUUUAUCUCAAAUGUUAGCAAAGAAACGUGUGAAGAGGACAUUAUUAAUUAUAUUAAAGAAAAAACAAACGUAUGCGUGUCGUUGAAAUUGAUAAAAAUGAAAUCUUUGAAAAAAUAUAAUGCGUACAAAUUGUUUGUACCUAAGAAUAGGGUUGAUAUGUUUUUAGAUGGCGCUCUGUGGCCAGAUGGCAUUACGUUUAGGCGGUUUGUUAAGUUUUUGUAUGGAACUAAACAAGGAGACCGCAAUGUUAAAGUCAAAAAAGAUUCUUAA